AUAGCUUGCUCACACACUUUGAUGACUACGCUUGCGCUGUUCCACUGCAGCAGCAAUGAUGACGUCAGGGUGACGAUUGCGUAAACUAACCAAGAUGGCGUCUGGUCAACAGUGGGUGUUGGUGGAGAUGGUGCAAGCUUUUUACGAGGCACCUGCUUACCAUUUGAUUUUGGAAGGAUUCCUUAUUUUGUGGAUUGUCAGACUUUUGUUUUCAAAAACAUACAAACUUCAAGAACGCUCUGAUCUCACAGAGAAGGAAAAAGAGGAAUUGAUUGAAGAUUGGCAGCCAGAACCAUUGGUCCCUCUUGUAUCAAAGGAUCAUCCUCCACCCAAAUAUGACGUUGUUUCAGGUCCUACAAGCCAUAAGAUUAUUGUGAACGGGAAGGAGUGCAUUAACUUUGCCUCAUUUAAUUUCCUGGGACUGCUUGAUAAUGAGCGAGUUAAGAACCAAGCUUUAACAUCUCUGAGGAAGUAUGGCGUUGGUACUUGUGGUCCCAGAGGUUUUUAUGGAACAUUUGAUGUUCACUUGGAGUUAGAAGAACGUCUAGCUAAGUUCAUGAGAACGGAAGAGGCCAUUAUUUAUUCAUAUGGCUUUGCAACCAUUGCCAGCGCUAUACCUGCAUACUCAAAGAGGGGGGAUAUUGUGUUCGUGGAUGAAGCUGCAUGUUUUUCGAUUCAGAAGGGGUUACAAGCCUCCCGCAGUAACAUCAAAUACUUCAAACACAAUGAUAUGGAUGACUUGGAGCGUCUUUUGAAGGAACUAGAAACUGAAGAUCAGGAGAAUCCUCGCAAAGCACGUGUGACUCGCAGAUUUAUAGUCGUUGAGGGGCUCUACAUAAACACCGGAGACAUUUGUCCACUUCCAGAACUGGUGCAGCUAAAAUACAAGUACAAGGUGCGGAUUCUUCUUGAAGAAAGCCUGUCCUUCGGAGUUCUGGGAGAACAUGGACGAGGUGUCACUGAGCAUUUUGGCGUGAACAUUGAUGAUAUUGAUCUGAUCAGUGCAAACAUGGAGAAUUCCCUGGCAUCAAUUGGUGGAUUUUGCUGUGGAAGGUCAUUUGUUAUUGACCAUCAGCGACUUUCAGGACAGGGUUACUGCUUUUCAGCCUCUCUGCCACCCAUGCUUGCAGCAGCAGCAAUAGAGGCUCUUAAUAUUAUGGAGGAGGAUAUAGACAUUUUCAGACUGUUGCGAGAUAAAUGCAAACACAUCCACAGUGCACUACAAGGCAUUUCUGGCCUCGAGGUGGUUGGUGAAUCUAUCUCACCAGCUUUUCAUCUGCAGCUGGAGAAGAGUACUGGGUCCAGGGAGCUGGAUGUUAAGUUGCUCCGGGGUAUCAUAGAUUAUUGUAUGAACAGACACAUUGCACUUACCCAAGCCCAUUACCUGGACAAAGAAGAGAGAUUUCUGCCACCACCUAGUAUUCGAGUAGUGGUUACAAUUGAACAGACGGAAGAGGAGCUGGAAAAAGCAGCAUCUCUGAUUAAGGAAGCAGCGCAACACAUUUUGCAGCACACUGUACUCGGACACUGAUGUCAAAGACCUGGUAUACAGUGCAUAGCUUUGUGGUGUGUGUAAGACUUCUACUUUAGAAGCAGAUUUUUGACACGGAACAUAGCCGGUCUGUUCAAUGAAGUGUCAAGAACAUGCCAAUGAGAAUCGGUUAAAAUGACCAGUGGCAAAAUGAAGACUGUUGUGAACCUGUUCAAUAGUAUCAGACUUUUGGGGAUCCUAAUAUGGUGCAGUGCACAAACACAUUUUUUUAUUUGACAAUUAUGAAAGUAAUAUGAUUGCACCAAUGAUUCUAUUUUAUUACUUUGGGUUGCAACAUGUAAUGUCUGAAACCCAAUUUGUUUCACUUAAAAUGUGUAAAGGACCAAUAAAUUACAUUAUUUAGGGUUGUACUAAGGUUCUCAAUUUUAUCAAGUAGUGGUGAGAAGCCAGAUGAAGUCUGUCUUGGAUAGAUGGCAAGUCCUUAGUCCUUUUUUUUCUUUUUUUUUUUUCCUUAUGAAAAGCUAUUGCAAGUUUUCUCUAACAUUUGUCUUUUAUAUGAACUUCCUGCUUUAACCCCUCUUAAGUUACUGUCCCUAUUUAAUAUAUAUAUAUAUAUAUUUUUUUUUACUAGUUUACAUAUCCAGUCCUGCUGUUCUGCUCUUUAGAGGUUUUUGAACCAAAGUUCUAGUUUGUCUAUAUCAUCGAUUCUUGGUUAUGAUAAAAAAAAAAAAUCUAUAUUUAAACAUCACUUUUUUGUUAUCAUUAUUCAAUAGGGUGAAAAGAACGAUAUCAAAAUUACCUUUAGUGUUGCCACUAUCCCGGCUUCAUACUGCUUUUCUUCCUGUGUGACUCCAGAUUAUAUUGUUAUAUACGCACAAACCACAGGUAACAUUUUAAUUGACUGUUCAAGUACCUUUCUAUGCAGAGAUGUUGCCAUUUGAAGCUAAGUGAUGAUGAAGCCACAGAUCAGCAAGCCUGUGCUUUGGUUAUAAAACUGAUAACAAUAUUGGUCAAGCAGUUUUUGCAUGUAAAUGCUACUGUACUUUUAGCAAGGUGUGGAGAAUACUGGUAAAUACCAAAAUGCUGUUCUUUACCUCUAAAAUACAAAAUAAAUGGAAUCUUCUUCCCAGAUGUGUUCAAGAAAUGCAUUUACACUAACUGUUACUUGUGCUACAGUUCUAUUACUUUUACUGAAACUAACCAGAAAACUUUGUUAUUUUUUAUUAUACAUAUUAUUAUUGCAUAGUGUGACCAAUUCAAAUGUACAAUUUUAUUUUGUAAAUGGACUUGGAUGAGACAAUGCUUUUGUACUAAGAAACUAUGGUGCUAUUUAGAUAACACUAUACAGAUUGUACAGACCACAGAAAGUUUUAUUUUUAGAUGGUGAAAAAGAAAAAUCAGCAUUCCCCCUUGUAACUUUUUAUGCACAUUUAGAAUUAAGAAAGAAACAUAAAUUACUUUUUUGAUUAUGAAUUAUUAUCAUUGAAUAGCUUGAUAAAUAAAUGGCAUGUAUGACAGCAGCACAAUUCAUUUAAUAAGCAAACUGCUGCAAUGAAAGAUUAAAAAGGUUGGCUUCUGUAUGUGGAAAAUUACAUCUCUAUUAGUAUAAAAAAAUUACAAAUUUAAUUCAGACUAAAGUUUGCUGGAAUUAUGUAUAAAGCAUUGUCAGAUAUAUAAUUUAACAAUUUUUUAGAGUAUUAAAGUUAAUUUGUAUUCUGGCUGAUUAAAAGUGGGUUAAUGAAUGUGCCUUUUUCUGUUGCUGCUAACAGUACUAUGUGUUGGACUGUUUAUUUAAAUACAAAUUAUAUUGUAUUAAAAAUAAUGGUUUGAUAUG